AUGGAGAGAAAGGUGGAGAGAUGGAGAGACAGGUGGAGAGAUGGAGAGAUGGAGAGAAAGGUGAAGAGAAAGGUGGAGAGAUGGAGAGAAAGGUGGAGAGAUGGAGAGAAAGGUGAAGAGAUGGAGAGAAAGGUGGAGAGAUGGAGAGAAAGGUGGAGAGAUGGAGAGAAAGGUGAAGAGAAAGGUGGAGAGAUGGAGAAAGGUGGAGAGAUGGAGAGAAAGGUGGAGAGAUGGAGAGAAAGGUGGAGAGAUGGAGAGAAUGGUGGAGAGAUGGAGAGAAAGGUGGAGAGAUGGAGAGAAAGGUGGAGAGAUGGAGAGAGGGGUGGAGAGAUGGAGAGAAAGGCGGAUGGAGAGAAAGGCGGUAAGAUGGAUAGAAAGGUGGAGAGAUGGAGAGAAAGGUGGAGAGAGGGGGGAUGGAGAGAAAGGUGGAGAGACGGAGAGAAAGGUGGGGAGAUAAAGAGAAAGGGAGAUUGA